AUGAGUCAAGAACAAAAAUCUCCUUGUAUUUUUUGUAAUAUUGUAAAUAAGUUGGAAGACACGGAAAUUUUAUAUGACGAUGACUUUGUUUGUGUGUUUCGAGAUAUUAAACCGGCCAGCAAAUUUCAUAUUUUGACUGUUCCUAAGCGGCACAUUGAAGAUGCCAGAGCAUUAACUCCUAACGAUUUUGAAUUGGUGCAAAAAAUGCUAACUGUAGCUAAAGAAAUGCUCACACAAAAUAACUAUUCCAUUGAUGAUGCCAGAUUUGGUUACCACUGGCCACCAUUUAGAAGUGUAAAACAUUUACAUCUACAUGCAAUAGCUCCAGAAAGUGAAAUGGGAUUCUUGGCUCGGAUGAUAUUUAAAAAGGACUCAUAUUGGUUUGUGUCUCCUGACUAUGUUGCUUCAAGACUGUGA